CUGUCAAGCACUUUGGCUCUGGCACGACUCGUCGGAAAUUGCAAAGAGCCAAUCCAAAACUAAAGCCCCUUCCGUAAACAAAAAAGCGGUUUUUGAUUCUCUUCUCUCUCACUUCUCUCUUUCUCUCUCUUCCUCUCUCUUCCUCUCUCUUCACCAUUUCCUCUCACUAGGGUUUUACGGAAUCUCCCAAAGCUGAUCCAGAAUCCGCUGUGCUCCCCCUCCGAUUUUCCCAGUGAGUUUCUCUCAUUUUCUCGCAUUUUCUCAUUCCAAGGAAAAUCUUGGUCGAUUUCCGGUUCCUUCUGCGGAAUUGGGUCGUUGGGUAGUUGUUGUGGUUCAGCGACGUUUCUCGGUGUCGGUUUGGGGUUUGGUUUCGUUUGAUUUCUUCGUCGGAAUUUGGUGAAGGACAUUUGAUGAGUUGUCCUGGUUGAUUUUUGACUUGCAUUUCGAUGAUUCCUAGGGAAAUUGAUAAGGCUUUGAGGUUUUUGUAAACCUAAUUUCGUUUUAGCUGCUUGAGUUUACUCUUUGACUCUCGAUUAGGUUUUUGAAGCUUUGAUCUUGUAGAGUUGAAGAGAGUUUGAUAGGGAUUUUAAUGGCUUCCAAGGCGAAUAAGGAGAAAAUUGGGAAUUUGAUUGCUGCAAGUAAGUCAUUGAGGGUAAGCUUAGACAAAUCAAAGGCCAUAGGAUUAGCUCUAGAGAAAGCAGGGCCUAGAUUUGAAGAAAUUAACCAAAGAUUGCCUUUCCUUCAAGCUGCAGUCCGACCCAUUCGUGCUGACAAGGAUGCCCUUGUCGCCGUUGGUGGCCACAUCAACCGUGCCGUCGGCCCUGCCGCCGCGGUGCUUAAGGUUUUCGAUGCUGUUCAUGGGCUUGAAAAUUCUUUGUUGUCCGAUCCUCGUAACGAUCUUCCUGGUUACUUAGCGGUGUUGAAACGUCUGGAGGAGGCUUUGAGGUUUUUGAGUGAUAACUGCGGAUUGGCAAUUCAGUGGCUGGAUGAUAUAGUGGAGUACAUGGAGGAUAAUGCGGUUGCGGAUGGCGGGUACCUUUCGAAUCUGAAGAAGUCGUUGAAAAGUCUCAGAGAGUGUGAAAAUGCCGAGGGAAAAGUGCAGCUGGAUGGUGGGCUCCUAGAGGCUGCAUUAGAAAAAUUGGAAAACGAGUUUCGGCGUCUCCUCACCGAACACAGUGUGCCACUUUCGAUGUCGUCGUCUACUGGGGAACAAGCUUGUAUUGCUCCUUCACCAUUGCCCGUUACUGUUAUCCAAAAGUUACAAGCCAUUCUGUGGAGGUUGAUUGCAAAUGAUAGGCUUGAGAAGUGUAUAUCUAUUUAUGUUGAAGUUCGUACUCUGAAUGUCAGAGCAAGUUUGAAGGCUCUUAAUUUGGAUUAUCUCGACAUAUCAGUUUCAGAAUUUAACGACGUGCAGAGCAUAGAGGGGUAUAUAGCGCAGUGGGGAAGGCAUUUAGAGUUUGCUGUGAAGCACUUGUUUGAGGCGGAGUAUAAGCUGUGCAAUGAUGUUUUCGAGAGGAUUGGAGUGGAUGUUUGGAUGGGAUGUUUUGCGAAGAUAGCUGCACAAGCUGGUAUUCUUGCAUUUCUUCAAUUUGGGAAAACUGUUACAGAGAGUAAGAAAGAUCCCAUAAAGCUUCUGAAGCUGUUGGAUAUAUUUGCAUCUCUGAACAAAUUGAGACUUGACUUCAACCGGCUUUUUGGUGGAGCAGCAUGCCUGGAAAUCCAGAACCUUACAAGGGACCUUAUCAAGAGCGUAAUUGAGGGAGCAGCUGAAAUUUUCUGGGAGCUCCUGGUUCAGGUGGAGUUACAGAGGCAGAAUCCACCUCCUCAAGAUGGAAGUGUACCAAAAUUGGUGAGUUUCAUCACCGAUUACUGUAAUAAGCUCCUUGGAGAUGAUUAUAAGCCAAUCCUAACCCAGGUUCUUGUCAUUCACCGAAGUUGGAAGCAUGAGAAGUUUCAAGAGAGGCUUCUCAUCAAUGAGGUUCUGAACAUAAUGAAAGCCAUUGAGCUAAAUUUGGAGACAUGGAUAAAGGCCUAUGGAGAUACCACUCUAUCGAACUUGUUUGCGAUGAACAAUCACUGGCAUUUGUUUAAACAGCUCAGGGGAACUAAGCUUGGGGAUCUUUUGGGGGAUUCUUGGUUAAGGGAACAUGAACAGUACAAAGACUAUUAUGCAGCGGUGUUCUUGAGAGAUAGCUGGGGAAAGCUUCCUAGUCACUUAAGUAGGGAAGGCCUGAUUUUGUUCUCUGGUGGGCGUGCCACUGCACGUGAUCUUGUCAAGAAAAGGCUAAAAAUGUUCAACGAAUCCUUUGAUGAGAUGUAUAAGAAGCAGUCAAAUUGGGUCGUCUCAGAGAAAGAUUUGAGAGAGAAGACAUGCCAGCUUAUAGUUCAGGCAGUUGUACCCGUUUAUCGCAGCUACAUGCAGAACUACGGGCCAUUGGUUGAACAAGAUUCAAGUUCCAGCAAGUAUGCUAAAUACUCGGUGCAAACGUUGGAAAAAAUGCUAAUGUCCCUCUUCCUGACCAAGCCGGGGAGAUUCAACAGUUUCAAAGGAAGGUCACCAAGUGGGAAAUUCAACAAUGGAGUUGCAGAUCAUCGUCGAACCGCCUCUGCAGUUAUGUGAUUAUCCCUUUACCUUUCUGGGAAAACCCACAUGCUUAGCCUUUCCCCUUUGUAUAUAUGUACAUCCGCAGGGACUGGUAAAUGCAUAUGAAUUUUCUUAUAUUGGUUUUA